AUGGCAGCAGCGACGUACGAAUGCAGUAAUACAUUUAAUCACUUUGAAUUCUGCCACCCAUAUUCGCAGACACCACGUUUAGAUUUGUGUACUGAAAGGCCAGGUACCCACCGCCAGAGGGGUUCUAGUGACUAUUCAUAUGCUUACAAGUCUAAUGUCGAAAAGAGCUCCUACGAUUCUAGCAAUUCUUAUGCUAGGCCUGAGCGCUCCUCGUACUCUACGAGUGUUGAGUCAUCAUCUCGUUCUGGUCCGGGAGGAUCUUACAAUUACAGCACCGAGAGGACUAGUACCACCGGCGCUGGACCCGGUGGUUACAGCUAUUCAUCAACAACUUCCGGCACUUUACCUGGUGGCGCUAGAUAUAGGCAUUUUUCCUACCAUGUUUAAAUAAAACUACAUACAUACAUACAUAUGUAUAUUAAAAAAAAAGUAUGAAAACUAAAUCGUUAUUUGCAAUCUUUUUUAACUAAUAAUAAUAAUAAACUUAAAUUUAUUAAACCAAAUACAACUACAUAUUUUCAAGAUUCGCAAGAUCUGAUCACAAAACACAUAACUGUUUCCUUAACAACUAAUAUACGUAUGUACAUAUGUACAUUCAUGUUUACACAUAAAAAGAUAUAAAUGUAAAACAAUUGUUAAGUAAUAAAAUGGUCUAGUCACCUAAAAUCCUACAUGAUUUGUUAGUAUGUAUUUGUGAUAUAUACAUAACUCUAACCAGCAAUAAACAAUAAAAUGUUUUACCAAUCGAAAAUAA